AUAAAAUAAUCAACUUCCGGUAAAGUAACAACUUGUUGAUGCGAUUUACGCCGGUGGAUUUGUGCUGUUACUUCCAAAUCCAUGGCGUAUUUUCGUUCUUAAAUUAUUCAACGCAGUGAACAGAGGUCAUGGAUACAUUUCCUAAGGCUGUGUUAUUGUUUAGCGGAAAGAGAAAAUCGGGAAAAGAUUUUGUUACAGACCGUUUAAUGCAAAGAUUUGGAACAAAACAUUGUGGAAUUAUUAGGCUGUCUGGUCCUUUGAAGAAGCAAUAUGCACUUGGAAAGAAUUUGGAUUUUGAGCGUUUACUAGACUCAACAGACUACAAAGAACAAUUCCGUUCAGAUAUGAUUCGCUGGGGCGAAGAAAAAAGGAACCAGGACCCAGGUUUUUUUUGUCGUGUGGCAACAUCAGGGGAUGAGGCCAAAAAAUCUGUGUGGAUAAUCAGUGAUGCUCGAAGGAAAACUGAUGUGGAGUAUUUUAAAAGAAACUUUCCAAGCAUUACAAAGACCAUACGUGUUGUGGCUUCAGAAAGCAUAAGAGAGAGUAGGGGUUUCAUAUUUACUAAAGGGGUAGAUGAUGCUGAAUCGGAAUGUGGCCUAGAUGACAUCAACUUUGAUUUUGAAAUAAUUAACAAUGGUGAUGAUGCAGUUUUAGUGGAAAGGUUACAAGAUAUAAAAGACAUUGUUGAUAAAAUUCUGCAAGGAGAAGGUUGAGUGGAGUGUAGACUAUUUGUAGACCAGAUAAUACUCAAUUCAAUGUAUACAUGUACUUAAUAUUUUACAAAAUAUUUACAAUGAUACCAGUAUUAGAGAACUAUGGAACAUACGUAACAACAAUCCUACUUUUGGAAUAAAUGUGCUUGUUUGUAUUAA